CCCGCCCACCGCGCGGUGUUGGGGCUGGUUCCCGAGUGGGCAGCACCGGAGCGGCGCUCGCGGCGCGCCAUGGCUGGGCUGCUGGCACUACUUGGCCCGGCGGGAAGAGUGGGCGCCCGGCUACGGCCCCAGGCCCCUUGGCUCCUGGGAGCCGCCACCCCCUGCGCUCCACCGCUCUGGGCCUUGGCCUUGUCCCGCCCGGGGCCGGACGCCCGGCUGCUGCACACGGCCCGCAGGGACUGCCUUAGCCGCCAGGAGCCCAGCAGAAUCCCGCAGCCUGGAAGCAGUGCCAGCAGCCCAGAGAAAAAGCUAAGCAGAUCACAGCAGCUGAAGAAGGUUUUCCAAGAAUACGGGGCUGUGGGGGUGUCUCUGCACAUUGGGAUCUCGCUGGUCUCCUUGGGGAUAUUUUACACAGUUGUUUCCAGUGGCGUAGACAUGUCUGCAGUCCUGCUUAAGCUUGGCUUUAAAGAGUCGCUGGUGCAAUCCAAAAUGGCAGCCGGCACCAGCACAUUCGUGGUGGCCUAUGCCAUCCACAAGCUGUUUGCGCCCGUGAGGAUCAGCGUCACCCUGGUCUCUGUACCCUUCAUCGUUAGAUACUUCCGCAGGGUGGGACUCUUUAAACCUCCAGCCACCAAGCCGUGAUGAAGCCAGUUUCUUCAGGAUUUGGCUGAGGACCAAACAUCAACAGCUCAGCAGCAAGAGCUCCCGCCCUUGGGUUUCCACUAACAUUCGCCAACGGAGGAGCCAAGAUCCUUACGGAAGGAACGGCUGCUUCCAGGGGCAGGCCCAGAAGUAAAGAAAAAGCCAAGCACUCUGCACCAGAGAGAAAGCACAUAUAGCCAAAAUCCCCACAAUGGCAGUUUACAUAGGAACCAGGAAGAGCUCCCAGCAGCCAAUGCUGGAACAACAGAAUAGAGUAGCACUGGACAAACAUAAAACACGUCCUCUGCAUUCUAAGUAAAAGAAAGAGGAGAGACAGCUACCCUUCUAGAGGACCCGGGUUCGGUUCCCAGCACCCACACGAGUGUUCACAACCAUCUGAAACUCCAGCUCCCUCUUCUGGCCUCUGUGCAUGUGGUACACAGAUAAACAUGCAGGCAAAAUAUUCACAGAUGUGGAAUAAACUAACAGGACAGGAAAAGCAGCCUCCCGGCCCAGACUCACACUGACUUCACAGUAGAAGCAAAGGACAAAGAUGCCCAGGCACAGGACACUAAGCUUACCACCCCAGCAAGCAGUCAUGCACAUUACAAAUGUACAAUGGUGACAUGUGACAAGACUGCUCUUGGAACCAAGAUCUUCCUCAGUAUCCACACCCCUGUCUAAUCACAAGGAAAACGAAUGCACUCUGAAGAAAAGUGUGGACUUUAUUGCUUUAGUUAUGACAAAAGCAUAUUAACUAAAGUUGUUGUUAGUAACUGAGAAAUAAGGUGUGGGGCAAACAGAAACUCUCUGUUGUUAUUUUUGUAUCUAGAGCUAUUCUACUGAAAUAAACCCUGUGGUAGUCUGUGUAGUGGUCCCCAUAGGCUCAUAGGCAGUGGCACUACUAGGAGGUGUGGCCUUGCUGGAGGAAGUGUGUCACUGUGGGGGCGACUUGGAGGUUCCUAU